UUACAAUAAGAGAGGCCAAGUGAUUGGUUCAUCUGGUCACAUGACGGCCGUUUCCUGUAGAGCCCUGGCAGGCCGUGAGACUUCCGCCCAGCUGUUCUGUGAGAGAACUACAUCUACCAGAAUGCUUUGCGGGCCGGACGCGCCUUGAGAGAAGCACGUGAUGAGAGUCACAUGACGGAAGAGAUGGCGGUUCUGCCGGAGAGUGUAUUUCUCAGCCUGCAGCUCCUGUUAAAGGCCUCCUCCAAGGAUGUGGUGCAGAAGCUGUGCAGAGACGCCUUCCCCCGCCCGGCCCUCACCUCCAUCCAUCUGAUCGAUCAGGUGACGUCCGGCCUGUCCGUCACCUCAGAGGAGGCCACCCAGGUGAUACAGGCGGUGCACUCCCUCGCCCGGCACGUGGUGUACCGGGGGCUGACCUCCGCCGACCAGAUCCUUGCUGUCUUCCCCGACGACUUCCAUCAGAAUCUCAAGAACCUUUUGACCAAAAUCCUUCUGGAGAAUAUAUCUGCCUGGAAAAGUGAAGCCCAGGACACAAGCAUCUCUUUGCCGCGUCUGGUAGAUAUGGACUGGAGAGUGGACAUAAAGACCUCAUCAGACUCCGUCACAAGAAUGGCGGUGCCCACCUGUCUGCUGAAGAUGAAGAUCCAGGAGGAUCCAGGUCUCUGUGGGCCAGAACCAGCCACCUCCACACUGACCAUGGAGCUCAGUAAGGAAACCCUGGACACCAUGCUGGAUGGACUGGGCCGGAUACGGGACCAGCUGUCUGCUGUGGCUAACAAGUAGCUCAUGACUGCCCCCUACAGGAGAAACACCUGUAUUUUUCUGCUCUUAAAACGGAUGGCACGGACGCUGCAGACGUCAUGUGACAUUCCACAAACGAUAUAACCGUGCAUUUCCUGUAAAUAUAUAUUUUUUUCUUUCUAGUAUUAUAUUGUGUGUGUGUAUAUAUAAAAUAAU